UUUAGGACCAAGCGUCCUACUCAACUCUUUACAAAUGAGGAGUAGCACUCGAUUGAUUUUGAACAAAGUUCCUGUCUCUGUUUAAGCCCUCAAAGUUUCGAAGCAGAGAGAGUGGGACUGGAGUUAUAGUAUUCAUACAGCUUUUCCUUCCUUAAGCGAAUGAAAGGAUCCCGAGGACGUUUGUUUCACCUGCGGCUGGGAGCGACACCUGUCUCAGUGCUACUCUCAUCCUCCACAUUUGGGCCACUCUUCCGGGUGUAAGUGUAUGCUCGUGAGUAUUGAAGAGGAGCAUUUACAGCUAUGUGCUCCAGUGGGCAGCCUCUGUGUUCAGGAAGCAGGCGUUCACCCAUCAAUAGAGAGGGCAGUAGCUCAGGCUCCCAGUAUGCUCUCUGUGCACUGGGGGUGGGCCUAGUGGCACUCGGUGUUGUCAUGAUCGUGUGGAGCAUAGUCCCUUCUGAAAUGACACAGCUUCACAAUGCUACAAACACGAACGUCGGCAGUGACAGCGGUGAUGAAGGGAAGACAUCGUCUGUUGCAUUUGUGCUGGUUGGAGCUGGUGUUGCCAUGUUGCUCCUUGCUGUAUGUCUCAGGGUGAGGAACAAGAAGCAAAUGAGAGAACGGGAAACUACAGGUGCAGGCGGUGCUGAUUAUGUGGAUAAUGUCCAUAGAGAUGAGGAAUCAACUGAUGAACCAGCACCCAGCUAUGAUGUCCCCACCUAUGAGGAGGCAGUCACCAGUGGACAAUACCCUGUUCGGCAGAGCAACUUGCGACAGAGCUACCAGCUGCCCUCGUAUGAGGAUCUGAUUGCUGCCGUUGAAAAUGAAGCCCAGCAGCCUAGAGAAGGUAAUGGUCAAGAGGCCUCUCAGCCAGCUACUGGCCCCGGACCCCAGCCUGCGGCACCUGCUCGAAGCAGCAGCAGGGCCAGUCGCAUCCUCAGACCUCUCAGAGUGCGCAGAAUCAAGUCUGAGAAACUCCACGUGAAGGAUAUUCGUUUGAAUAUCCAAAACCCUGGACAAAGUGGGGUGGUGGCCAUUGAACCGCUGACCCCACCACCACAGUAUGAGGACAAGCCCCCUCAACUACCCACAGAAGUAGUGUAAUGAUUUCGAUCAAUGGAUUUUGUUGAGUGUUGGCAUCUGUGGGUUGUUCGAAAAAUGUUGAUUCAUCUGUGCGGAAACAGAAAUUUUAGUUUGAGCUAUAAAUGUAUCUCAAAAUCUGCCAAAUUAUGAAAUAGGAUACCUUCAUGUGCGCUGUCAGUGCUUCUUGGACAAAACACUAAAGCCUACUUGAAUGUUUUUUUUAACAGAACUUUUUAUAUUUGAAGAAUGGAUUAGAUUAGAGUAGUGUAUUGUACUUUUUAUUUAAAACUCUGAGGAAGGAUAUGAAUGCCACAGCGUGUCUCUUGAGAGAGAGAGAGAGAGAGAGAGAACACGAGAACUACACACGGUUCUUUGAACUUCCAAAGAACUACACAGUUUACUUCCAAAGAACUCCACUGUACAUUGCAAAAAAUACAAAUAAAACAAAUUAUUAUAAAAGAAUAAAUUACAACUGAAGAAUCCCAUCAAACUUUGGUUGCCAUGUUGGAAAUGCCAAAUACUGUUUUUGGAAAUAACAAAAAAAAAAAAAUUUGUCAAAAACAUUUUUUUUUUCAAGGAUUUUAAAAUGCUAUUUUACAUCUGACUGUUCUAGUUUUUCUGCUUAAUUUUUUACUCCGAAUAUAUAAUACAUUGAACCAGAUAUUGUACUGUUGUGCCCAUAAAAUGUAGUGAUGGAAAAUUAAUUUAUAAAAUAGAACAUUUAAUUCCAACUAAUUUAUUCAGUACCACUCCCAACUAAUAAUGUAAUACAUUUUUCAGUAUGUGUUUGUUAACAUUGUGUCACUGUCUGUUUUGUUUGCAACUGUCUUUUUUUCCCCCCCCAAAUGUAUUGUUCACUGUAUUUUAAGGGUGCAAGGUUUAACUUACUGAAAUAGAAUGGAAUUAAAAGUAUUCUCAAAACUCAUAGGAAUAUUUAAUGUUAUUGUAGAACAAACUCUGCAUUAAUAUGAAAUUCUAAUAAGUGAUAUAAAAAGAAGGGUUUGGAUAACAAAUGGAAAUGCACCUUGGGGGACUUUUGUUUCUUGGGGAACUCAACACUUAAUUACUGAAGUGCAAAUGAGAUUUUAAAGAUGGACUAACUAUUCCACCUGCAGUUUGAUGGGACAAACAAGCCAUCAUGCUGCAGAUUGACCACUUUCAAUUAUAAAAAUAUAUCGUUAGCCAACAUUUGCAGGUAGCACCUUUGAGUUGUUGUUUAGUUUGUUUUAAUUCCGUUUAAUCAUUUCAUUAGGGUGUAGAAUCCUGGUAAAAGGUGUGGCUUUGCUUAUAGAUUUACUUAUGACAAAAGGAAUAAGAUUGUGUAAUUGAUACAAUUCAAAUUUUAAAGCAGAAAAUACCUGUAUUUUAUUUAUUUCUUGUGGGACAUAAUAAAAUUAUUUA